GCUGUGUCAUUAGACAGACAAAAACGUGCGCCGGGAAGGCAGCACCCCAGAUUAGGCAGGCGUUCGCAAGAGUUAUUAGAAAUACAGACACGAGGAUGGCAGCACCCACGUUUAGGCCGCAAGCGGUCGGCGGAAGAAUCUGAACUCUGGCAGACAAAUGAUAGCAUGGGCGGGCCCGAGACCGUGGAUAUUGACCCCGCCCUGAAGGAGCAGUGCGUUAACCUCUUUGUAGAUCUUUUAUCGUCUGCUAUACAGUCGAACCCGGAACGUUACCAGAACUUUUUAGCAUAUCCAAGAGGGGGUAGAUCAAGUAAUCCAAUGGCAUUCUCCAGAGAAGCACGGGCGAUGUUUAGCUACCCUAGGUUGGGGCGGUCCGGUGCUGGAUUCCCAUCCGAUGUGUUAGAUGGUCUUAGUUGCUGUAACGUUGGCGUCAAAUCCAUCAAUGGUAUGGCAAUUUGUUCGGCCAGCGAGUGUUGUGCAGGCCUCGAAGAAUACCGAGAUGUCAAGAAACCAUUUGUAUUCACUCUUUGCGUAUUUGAUAGCUCUGCUGAAGAGGACAAAGCGUGA